AAUCAGCUCACUACCGAAUGAACAAGGGGUAGAUGAGAUCGACCCCUAUAGUCUGCAGCGACACAAUUUUCAACAGUCUAAGCCUUGUGUUAUAGACAUUUUAUGCGGCAUGUGGAGAUGCUCCGCAAUGGUUUUGUAUCGCCUGGAUUUGCAUGAGUAAACAUUUCGUGCCGCUCAAUAUCACAAUAACAAAGGACAUCCCGACGUGUUCAGGUGGAAUGCAUGUAGCUGCCAUUCCGACACGUGAGUUGAACAAGUCACUGAGUAACUAAUCCGCAUUACUGUACUCUCACUCAAAGUCGCCUGGAACUGUAUUGUUGCCAUCCCGACACUGUCUUGCGAUCUGCUGAAGUGAAUCAUGGAUUACUUAUUGAACGACAGUUUCGUUAACUCAUCAGAGAUGGUUGACAAUUUUCUGAAUUCCACAGACGCUCCGAUUGUUCUCCGAUCCUCCGCUGAACGUCAAGUCAUAUCAGGCUUCCUCUUUCUCACUUCUGCUGUCGGCAUCCUCGGGAACACGGCGGUGGUUGCCGCCGUUCUCGCGGUGAAGACGCUGCAGACCACCACCAAUGCGUUCGUAGUGAAUCUCGCUGUGGCAGAUUUCCUGACGUGCGUCGAUGCUUUUCUGCAGAGCGUGGCGUUCCUCAGUGAUGAACUCCUCUUGCCGUAUUGGUUAUGCCAAGUCAUGGCAUUUGGUAUACUCAUCUGCAUCGGGUGCAGCGUCAACACCUUAGUGGCUAUCGCCUUGAAUCGUCUCGUGGGUAUCACAACCACGGCACACAGCGGCUUUCGCAAGCUCUACACCCCCUUUAAGAUCUCCUUCAUGAUCGUCCUGACGUGGGGCAUUCCUAUCGCAGUAGCCACGAUCCCACUUGUUUCUGACUACGGAGAACUUGGCUACAACUCGCUCCACAACACAUGUACCUGGCGCUCCAACAGGGCCUAUCAGCCUAGAUAUUCAACGCUUGUGGCAUUCGUGUACUUCCCGGUACAAUUCGUCAUGCUCUUCGUAAGCUAUCUCAAAAUCUACCUAUUUGUCAGAAAGACAACCCGAUCAACCCUCAGACAAGAUAGAGCCGGGGAUGCCAGCGCGUCAAACCAGAUCCUCCAGAAACAGCUCCUCAAGCGACAAGUAGCGGUGACCAAGAACCUGUUCAUCGUCGUGUGCGUCUUCUUGCUCUGCAUAUUUCCCUACUUUGCUCUUCUCGGUUUACCGUCGGCACUCGUCGCCAGGAUCCUACCGAUUGCAUCAGCUAUCCUUAUGGCCAACAGUUGUAUCAAUCCAAUCAUCUAUGGGACGAAACACCCGGAUUUCAGGAAGGCCUUUGCCCGGGUAUUGUUCUGUAGGAAGAAGACGCAAUCGACACCACAGACGCAAUCGACACAGGAAACUAGACGCAGCGACCUCCCUGCGAGUGUUUCAACUGUAAAACUUACAAGCUCCAUCUCAAAUGUGCAACUUUAUGCCGAAAACCAUGAGGUAGAUACCUGUGAACUUACCAGAAACACUGACAAUUCCGAACAAUUGUGAAAAGGAUAAUGCAAACAUUUAAAACUUUAGAUUAAAAUGUAUUCAAAAAGAAGUAUACUGUAAAUAAAAAAGCGUUACGUAUCAAGCUUAGUUUGUCUUUACCAACCUCAUUUGAUGUAAACAAUUUGUACAUAAGUGGCAAUUCCGUGAUGAUUUUACAAGGUCGUAAAGGUGACAGUACACAUUUUGUUUGGCCUGUAAUUUUGUUCUCUUUAUUAGAUUUCACAUAUUAGUAAUAUAUCACAUUCACACUACCAACAGAAGCUCAUCAAACUGUCUGACAUGUGCGUCCGAAUUUACGGAAUUGCCCCUAAGGUGUUUUAAUAUAUAAAGUGCAUUUUAACUUUUAAAUUAGGUGAAAUGAAUAAGCUACUUACUAGCUUGUUCAUAAAUAUCUGUUAUAAAUAUUCAAAUCAACCACAAACGGAAACUGACCAUAGGUGCAUUGUAUGUGUUUCAAAAAUUAAAAAUGACUGGAGCGGGGUUUGAACCUGCGACCUCUGGAAUGCCGUUCCGGUGCGCUACCAACUGAGCUAUCCAGCCCUUUGUCCGCGAUUCCCGAUUUUGUCCAUGUCUUUGUUCAAGGGGCGCUAUUACAUCUGUUGUAUUAAUUAUAUAAUAUCUUAAAAUUUAUAUUUCGUUUCGUCAUGUAAGAUGUUGUUGAAAUAAAUAUCUAAGAAUCGGGUCAACAUGUUUAAAAUUAGGCCGAAUCCUAUAGUUUUCGAGAAAAAAGACACCGAACGUGAGUUUAUGCUUCAGUGAAGUAACUCAGGCCAUUUGGUACACUCAUCACUUGGUACACUCACGGCGCUUGAAGGUCAGCAUAAGUCAACAUCGCCAUAACACUUAAUACAAAAAUCUUGAUGAGAUCUUUUGAUGGUAUGACAUCCGAAAAAUCAUUGAUCACAGAAGCACAAACACUUGUCACAUUGAACCGAUCUUCGCUCAAAGUGAAAACCAGCGAAAACCCGGUGAAGGCCACUGUUGAUCCACCGUGAAGUAUUCAUCGACCGUUCUUGCAUUAAACAACUGGCAAUCAUUCCAAGAGAUGGUUCGAGAAAUUGUUUUUGCACUUCCACGCGACCUUAACCUUUGAUUUGUUUGUGUGAGCUUUGACGAAUGACAAUUCAUACACCGGAAGUAAUGCAUAUAGAUAAUGCUUCCUGAUGGCGCAGGUUUCCAUGCUCCAAUGAACUAUCUGGUACUAGGGGCCUAUGGGAUUGUAUUAAAAUAAAAAUAAUAUUGUUGUGGGGAAAAUGAUGUAAUAUCUACUGACAGUUUCAUAUAACUGGCUCGAUAUUGCGAAAAGUGCAAGCUUAACCUUAGCAUGGUUAAGUAACUCUUUAGCAGCUGCUGGAUACAGUUGAAGAUGUCAACUACUGACUUUCACGGUAUCUCCAGACAAUCUUAUGUACCCAGCUGAUUUUUUUUUAAUGGUGUGCUUACUGCUUAAUACCUUUUAGCAAAUUGUUUUGUACCAUUUCUGACAUUCAGCUUGGACGUCGAGCCGCUCUUUUUCCGGUUCAAAAUGUUUGGCUUCUUUUUCGAGCUCAACAUUGUACGGUGCAUUUCAAGAUAAACCAACACUCAAAUUUGUGUCAAGGCCGCUAUACCCGAAUUUCACCAAAGACAACAAAAACAUUUUUUUCCCGGCCUAAGCAUGUUCAAGGGAAUUUCUGUUUGUUCCCAAAUCGCCGUUCAUUUCUUUGCAUCAAGGCUGCACAACUGGCAUGUACUACUUCAGAAUAGAUUACUAUACAAAUAUACGGGCAUUUACAAAACAGAAGGGAUAUAAUUAAACAUAGCUAUUAAAAACGCUAGAUUAUUAUUUCAGCGUGAGCUCCGAUUCCCGAUUCCCAGUAAUUACCCAUUUUAUUCCCUGGGGACACACUGACCUUAAGCCCAUCGGCAGGAACAUGAUGUGCAAGGCUGUUUCAAUUUCACUGUUUUAUUUUUCGUGAAGGUGUUUUUUGCGCGACGGUAAUAGUCCCACGAUUAAUUUGACAUUUAAUUUUCCCGGGCCAAGGCUUGUUCAAGUUAGUUUCUUUUCAUCUCUUAAUCACCGUUUAUAUCUUUGUAAUAACUGGCGUGCACUACUUCAGAAUAAAUUACUGUUCAACUGUACGGGCAUUUACAAAACAGUCUGGAGCGGUGUAGGCCUAACCGUUAAAAACAAAAAAUUAAAUUCCGCGUGAGCUUAAAAUCACACUUUCAAGUAAUUAAUGAUAAAAUGCUUUUUCUAGGAACACAAACCUUAAGCCUAUACCGGCAAGAAAUUGAUUUCAGCAAGGCUGAUCAAUUGUUUUUCUUGUGAAAUUGUUGUUGACGCUGUUAUUAGUCCAAUGAUGAAUCUGACACAAAGAUGCGCGAUUUACGAUUCGAAACCUAUUUUUUUUUUAUAACCUGCUUGUCAUCCAAAUGUUUCAACGAAUUUAAGACAAUGAACGUGAAAUAUAAAACCCUAUUGAGUAAUGACUCUUCCCGAAUCAUGGAAUUCAAAUUUUGAUUUGAAUGAUUAUGAAUUCUAGGCCUGUGUAAAUCCAUCAAUGCAUUUACACACAAU